GAGUGAACCAACUUAGUAUAUCAUAUUUCAUUCAUUCAUGAAAUAAAAAAAAAAGGAUUAUUAUUAAAAAAAAAAAAGUGCUUUAUCGGUUUCUAUGAAAGAAAGGCUUUGUCCAUUUGUGCAAAGAGAAUCAUGAUGAUUCAAAAAUUGAAAUAACAACAGAAAAGAAGGUUCUGUACACAACAAGUUAUUCCAACAAAAUGAAUCUUCUUCUUCUUCUCAUUUUUAUUUCCUCAACAAUUCUUCAUGCAAAUGCUCAAGCUCAAUCUCCAGGAAAUCAGGAUGUUAGAAUAGUGCACCACCGGAAUUUGAAUAAGAGAAUUCUAGUAGGACUAAUUGCUUGUUCUGCUCUUCUUGCUGGAAUCUUCGUGUUCGUAUUGUAUAUCUUCUUUCGUCGGCAUAAAAACUUAACAAGCUCCACUGGUAAAAGUAAUGGAAUAAUAGAGGCUGCAAAAGGGGAAAAGGAAACCUUAAGCGCUGUUAGUGCUAAACUUAACUACUCAAGAAUGGCUGAUAAGAAGAGUUCAAUUGCUAUUUUCGACUUUCAGUUGUUAGAGUCUGCAACAAACAGCUUUUCCCAAGAUAAUAUCAUGGGAGAGACUGGUUCUAUAAUUGUUUACAGAGCUCGUUUCGAUGAACAUUUCCAGGCUGCUGUCAAGAAAGCAGACAGUAAUGCUGAUAGAGAAUUUGAGAAUGAAGUGAGUUUGUUGAGCAAGAUUCGGCAUCAGAAUAUCAUAAAAAUCCUAGGCUACUGUAUUCAAGGUGAAUCGAGGUUUCUUGUUUAUGAGUACAUGGAGAGUGGUUCUCUGGAAUCUCAAUUGCACGGGCCUACUCGUGGAUCGUCUUUAACUUGGUAUAUCCGGUUAAGAAUUGCGAUUGAUGUUGCUAGAGCAUUAGAAUAUCUCCACGAGCAUUCCAAUCCUCCUGUGGUUCAUAGAGACUUGAAAUCUUCCAAUGUUCUUCUGGAUUCUGAUUUUAAUGCCAAGCUAUCAGAUUUUGGACUUGCUGUAGCAUCUGGCGUGCAACACAAGAACAUGAAGAUGUCGGGAACUUUAGGAUAUGUGGCACCCGAGUACAUAUCACAUGGUAAACUAACUGAUAAGAGCGAUGUCUAUGCUUUCGGAGUUGUCCUUCUAGAAUUACUUACUGGAAGAAAACCAAUGCAUAAUAUGUCCUCAGAUCAAUAUCAAUCUCUGGUUACAUGGGCCAUGCCUCAGCUAACCGACAGAUCAAAGCUUCCAAGUAUUCUAGAUCCUGUUAUCCAAAAUACAAUGGAUUUGAAGCAUUUAUAUCAGGUAGCUGCAGUGGCUGUGCUAUGUGUGCAAGCUGAACCAAGUUAUAGGCCACUUAUAACAGAUGUUCUACACUCUCUCAUCCCUUUGGUACCCUUAGAGCUUGGAGGGUCACUCAGAGUUACAGAACCAAUCGGCUCAGAAAAUCUUCAAUGAUUUAAAAAAAAAAGUGUUUUAUAUGGUAGUAUUUGAGCCAAUGAAGCACAGACACUCCUUGGAUUAGGCGUUGUCCCAGCAUCGGACACAUAUCGAUGCCCAACACCGACACAUAUGGUUACAUUGAACUAUGUCAUUUGCUAAAAUUAUUAUUAUCGGUGUCGCGCAUAGUAUCUGUGUCCGUGCUUCAUGGAUUUGGGAACUUUUUUAAAUCAUUUUUUUAUUUAUUCAAAGAGGAAUAUCUAAUAGUAGCCAUCUUGUUCCUUUUAUGUAAUGUAACAAAGCAUGUAUUUAUUCCAUUUCGUUUUGGACAGGUCAUGUAAAUUUAAAAUUUGUUUUGAAGUUAAACUAUGGGGAAACAACAAGAACGGGUUAGAAAACAAAGGAAUAUUAUCCACACUUUGCUUUUUCAA